GACGCGAAAAGGUGUAAUGUGAUGUUCUAUCAUUUGAAAAUGUUUUUAGUAAUAUUUCAUGUCUUUACAUUAAACUUCGUAUAUAUUUAAUCUAGUUGACAUACAAUAUGAAAUCGCAAGGUGAUAGAGUAUAUUUUAUAGGAAAGCGAUUGAUGAUUUACAUAGUAAAUGUAAUUCCAUGUCACAGGAUAUCUGCCUAACCUCCAUUCGUUACAUCGUUUUGAUGUACGAGACACGUAUAUUUAAUGAGCUAGUUUAAUGCUCGAAUUGUUUACUCUUUUACCGUGGCCAUCCUUUCUCUAACCUUAAUAUACAUCUUUUUAAUCUUAUAUAUUAAUAGAAGACGUUAUUUUGAGGUUAUAGCUCGAGCACUGUUUAUAAUUAUAUUGUUUGACACUUAAUGAAGAUCAAAGAACGUGCUUUUGGUAAAAAUUGUAAAAGUCAACGUUACUUGAAUAACCAGCACCAUACUGCUAAGACUUUUCCUCGAAUUGGGUACCGUAUGAAAGUAAAAAAAUGUCCUUCCGUAUGAGACUAGCUCGUAGCCGGCCGAUUAGACUAUUAGGUGGUAUCGCCAUAAAAUGUUGGAUAUUUUCUGGUGCAUACAUUCUUACCUGUUUUUUAUUAUACUGGUUGUACGGUGGUAUUUUUGCUUUCUUCCUCCUCUGUUUUGCUACUAUAGGUAUAUUAUAUCAUAGAGAAGAUCAGCUGCUCUAUCAUCCCGAAUCACCAGCCCAUUCUCGUGUUUACGUUCCUGCUCCUUCUAUAUUCAAUUUGCCUUAUGAAAGCAUAUAUACGCGUUCAGGCGAUGGUACUAUGCUACAUAUGUUUUUUAUUUCUCAACCUGAAGAUAGGGCGAAGAAGGCCCCAACUUUACUUUUUCUUCAUGGAAAUGCUGGAAAUAUAGGACAUAGACUUCAAAAUGUCGUUGGUCUCUACCGUAAUAUUCAAUGCAAUAUCCUAAUGCUGGAAUAUAGAGGCUAUGGAUUGUCGCAAGGUUCACCAUCCGAAGAAGGAUUGUAUAUGGAUGCUCGUGCAGGAAUUGAUUAUUUAACAUCGAAAACCAAUAUUAAUACCGAUGAAAUUAUUGUCUUUGGUAGAUCAUUGGGCGGAGCAAUAGCAAUUGAUUUAGCAACUAAGGAAGAAAAUGCAAGGAGAAUUUGGUGUCUUAUACUUGAAAAUACAUUUACGAGUAUACCCGAUAUGGCAGCAUUUGUAGGAUCAAGAUUUUUUCAAUAUCUACCACUUUUUAUAUACAAAAAUAAGUAUUUAUCUAUUUUCAAAAUACGAUCGAUGACAGUACCAACAUUAUUUAUCUCUGGCUUAGCAGAUACAUUCGUGCCACCGCGAAUGAUGCAGGAACUUUUUAAAAAUUGUAAAAGUCAAUAUAAGAAGAUUCUUCCAAUUUCUGGUGGUACACAUAAUGAAACAUGGUGUCAAUCUGGAUAUUAUGAAAGUAUAUGUUCUUUUUUGAAUGAACUGAGGGAAAAUCCAUCGAUCCAAGUAACAUCGGGUCACUGGCAAAUAGAUGAUAUUUAGAAAUCAAUAUAUAAGUGAAAUACAUUUUGCGUCCAAAUGUAUAAAUAUAUUCUAAAAAAUGUCCACAAUACAAUAUUAAUGUAUUUAAAAUAAAUGAGGUUGGUCCAAUAA